CUGAGAGCGCGUUCUUCAACAGAUUCUACCGCAAAAUUCAUCAGGACAGGAAUCAACAUGACUAUGGACCACAGCAAGAUCACCGAGCUCUCAGCGAAGCACCCAAAACUGAACGUCUCGUACACGUAUGGGACUGCGGGCUUCCGUACAAAAGCCGACGUUCUAGACUCAGUUAUUUUUCGGGUCGGGCUACUUGCGGUGCUUCGGUCAAAGAAGCAUGCCGGCAAGGUCAUCGGAGUGAUGAUAACCGCGUCUCACAACCCUGCCCAAGACAAUGGUGUCAAGCUCGUUGAACCCAUGGGGGAAAUGCUAGCUCAAUCGUGGGAACAGUAUGCAACGGAGCUGGCCAACGCCUCCUCGGACGAUGCCUUGAUUGCAGCACUGCAGAAUGUUGUGGAAAAGGAGCAAAUUGACCUUUCGAACGAGGCUGUUGUUAUUGUCGGCAGAGACACCAGGCCGAGCGGUGAGGCGUUGGUUGCUGCUUUGACCGACGGUGUGCAGGCACUUGGGGGGAAAAUCACCGACUAUGGAUUGACGACUACUCCCCAGUUGCACUACCUUACACGCUGCUUAAAUACCCAAGGCACGCCAGACGCGUACGGAGAGCCCAGUGAGCAGGGUUACUAUCGAAAGCUGGCAGAAGCAUUUAAGCGGAUAGUGUCCGGCAAGCCCAAGUUGUCGACGAUUUACGUAGAUGCCGCGAAUGGCAUUGGUGCACCGGCUCUUCAUAAGCUGGCAAAAGUGCUGACCGAUGACCUCUUAUCCGUGCAAGUGGUGAAUGAUGACACGGCUACACCAACGAAGCUUAACCACCAGAGCGGUGCUGAUUUCGUCAAAGUCAAUCAAAAGAAGCCGGAGGGCUUCGAUCUGAAGCCCGGCAUGCGAUGUGCGUCUCUGGAUGGUGAUGCUGAUCGUAUUGUGUUUUGGUACGCGGACAAUGCCGGAACGUUUAAAUUGUUGGAUGGAGACAAAAUUGCGACGUUGGCGGCCGAAUUCAUCAUGGGGCUUGUGCGAAAGGCAAAGGUCCCAAACAUCAACGUAGGUCUGGUACAAACCGCGUAUGCAAAUGGUAGUGCGACUGCAUAUGUCAAGGAUACGCUGAAAGUACCUGUUGUCUUUACGCCAACGGGUGUGAAGCAUCUCCAUCACGCCGCAGAGGAAUUCGAUGUUGGGGCGUAUUUUGAAGCCAAUGGGCAUGGAACGGUCUUGUUCAGCCAGCAAGCUAUCAAGGCGUUCCACUCCACCACUGGAAAAACUGCGGAAGAAACGGAAGCGCUUGAGAUUUUAAAGGCAUUGACUGACCUGAUCAACCAAACGGUCGGCGAUGCACUAUCUGAUCUUCUGAUGGUGGAGGCAAUUCUGACCUCUCAAGGGCGGUCAUUGGCGGACUGGGAUUCUGCGUACUCUGAUCUGCCAAGUAGAUUGGAGAAAGUCAAGGUGCAAAAUAGAUUGAACUUUGAGGCCAUCAAAGCGGACACAGAGCUUGCCAAGCCAGAGGGCUUGCAGCAAAAGAUCAACCAGCAAGUUGCGAAAUUUAAACAUGGCCGGUCCUUUGUCCGUCCGUCGGGUACAGAGGAUGUCGUUCGCGUCUAUGCGGAAGCUGAUACACAAGAAAACGCGGACCUGUUGGCAAACAUUGUCUGCGGGCUCGUGUACGACCAGUAUGGUGGCGUUGGAGAACGCCCCGCAAAGUUCAAAAAAGUGGAUCAACAAGGGAAUAUCAUAGCUUAAGCAGCCAACAGCCGAGAUAGAGAUUGUUAUUAGCCGUUAGAGUCCGGAGAAAUUGAACAGUGCUGCAUAGUUGCGCUAUUUACGGCACUAUAACUUUGCUGUAGUCUCUGUGGUCUUAAAUCUAGGUUCUACGCCCUCAAUAAUGUAACGCGCUAUCGCAUCCCACGACCCAUCUUUGCACGCCUUUUUAAAUAGUCCCAUGUGACCAACCUCCUUAGCGCCUAGCUCUUU